GCAGUCCUGCCAGGAUCAAAGAUGGCGGAGAUAGCCAUCGUCACAUGACGCAGGUGCGCCCCGUGCCCAGCACCACCGAGCAUGCGCGCCGGCGGGGCACCUGACGAGUUGGCAGGGUAACCGACUCCCGGAUGUGGAACCUGGCGGUGGCAGCAAGGUUGGCUGCAGUGCAACAGUUACACCGCCGGCCUAUAUUUAAAGCAAAUUGCGUGACGUUUGUGUCUCUCAUGGAGAUUGUCAAGUGCCUCCACUUGAAGGCACGCAGUGAGGUGUAUCCAUGUUCUGCAGUUCUCCGGUUCCCUGUCCCCGAUGAUAAAGUGGACUGGGCAGUCCCAUGGACUAAUUACAACCCAGUCGACUAUACUGCCCCCGCCCUGCUGAAGCAACCAUCCUGGGCAGACCUACCUUACAGAGAUGAAGGAGAAUUGAACAAGGUGCUGAAGUUCAAUCAGUUGGAUGGUGACGUGGAUAGAAGGUCCCAUACAGGAAAAUAUAAUCUGAUAAAUGGCUUCCCAAGGAAUCCUUGUGGACGGACUGGAUUAAAAGGGCGAGGACUCCUGGGAAGGUGGGGCCCGAACCAUGCAGCAGACCCCAUUGUGACGAGGUGGAAGAAGGAGAGUGGAAAAACAGUGACUCACAAUUGCUCUGGGAAGCCAAUCUUGCAGUUUGUGGCAAUUUGUAGAAAAGACAACAAGGAAUGGGCAAUUCCUGGGGGAAUGGUGGACCCUGGUGAGAAGGUGUCGGCCACACUCAGGAGGGAGUUUGGAGAAGAAACACUGAACUCCUUGGAUCUGCCAGAAGCCGAGAGGCAGGGGGUGAAAGAGUUAAUCAACUUCCUGUUUGAGGCUGGAGAGAUGGUAUACCAAGGAUAUGUUGAUGACCCUCGGAAUACUGAUAAUGCCUGGAUGGAAACUGUGGCCAUGAAUUACCAUGACGAGACAGGUGAGAGUGUGGGAAAACUCUCCCUUCAAGCUGGGGAUGAUGCUGGUGCGGUGAAGUGGAUGGACAUCGAGAAGGAGCAGAAUCUGUACGCCAGCCACACGCACUUUCUCCAUCAGCUAGUAAAGGCGAAGAAUGCUCACUGGUAACGCCAGGCCCUGAACAUUUCCCACCCUGAGACAACCUCAGCAACCACAGCUAAAGCUUCUGUACAUGAAGUUAAAGGUGGUAACUAUCUAUUCUUUACCAGACUCCAACACAAUGAAGAUCACCACAGCUAAAGGAGACUCCGAGCGAGCAGCUUUAAUUCCGCUGUUUAUGUUAAACUUUGGUCGGAGACAUGGUUUUACAUUUUGUACUUUUGUGUGACAUAGAUCAUUUUUAGGUUCUGUUCCCCUUGUUGGGUAUCCACCACAUGGUGGAGUUGCUGCCUUACAGCGCUAGAGACCUGGGUUUGAUCCUGAUCAUGUGUGCUGUCUGUAUGGAGUUUGUACAUUCUCCCUGUGACCUGCGUGGGUUUUCUCUCCAUACUCCCACAUUCAACAGACGUAUAGGUUUGUGCGCUAAUUGGCUUGGUAAAUUUGUAAAUUGACCCUAGUGUGUGUAGGAUAGUGCUAGUGUGGGGAUCGCUGGUCGGCAUGGACUCGGUGGGCCGAAGGGCCUGUUUUCGCGUUGUAUCUUUAAACUGAAAACUAAAUACACUCGCACCCCAUCCACAACUCCCACCAUAGCAUAUCCCAAAACUAUCCCCCACUCGGCCCCCUCCCCCACCGUGCAGAGGACAAAGCUAGCUCACAAGUUUCAUCAGAUCCAGGAGCUGAAUUAGGCCAUUUGGCACAUCAGGACUACUCCGCCAUUCAAUCAUGGUUGAUCUAUCUUUGGCUUCUCCAGCAGAUUGUUUCCACUUUGCAGACUGAUACUGGCACACCCUAUGGGAGCAUCAGUUUGAAAUCAGUCGCUCAAAUUGGAGAUGAAAUGGAUAUACCAGCACACUCCGAGCUGCAGUGUGCGCUGCAAACAUCCAGUUCGAAGACAAAUUCAAGUUUUGCCCUUUGGAGUUGUCGAUUCCCUCGACAGUGCAGGUCAUUUGGACACGUGGCUCCCAACGGUCUCAACUUUCCUCGGCUUGGCUCUGCGUUUGUGAAUGACUGGUUGAUGAAGAUUGCUGGCAGCAGUGAAUCAGAAGCUGCGAUUUGUUGCAUUUUGUGACUAGCAGGUCAAUAAACGUUCUCCCUGUGACUGUGUGCGAGCUUACUCCAAAUGCUCAGGUUUCCUCCCACAUCCCAAAGAUGUGCGGGUUCGUAAAUCCCCACCCCCCACACCGUGUGUAAAUCUGCAAGGAGUGGCUGGGAUGUGGGCAGAAUAUAUGGAAUUAGUGCAAGUUGAUGAAUGGCUUGGACGCAACAGGCUGAAGGGCCUGUUUCAUGCUGUCCGACCUAACUGCGUGGAGUGAAGUUUUAAUUGGUUUGAUGUUGCCAAGGUGCUGCCCGAACUGUGGGUACUUUCUGGCAUCCGCAGUCACCACUUACCACCACUAGAUGGUGAUGUUGCCAUGCACUCUCACUGUGGGGCAAAGAUGAAAGUGGUCAGAGUGGAGGAGCAGCAAAUUCCUUUGCUCCAUAGAUGCUGCCGCACCCACUGAGUUUCUCCAGCAUUUUUGUCUACCUUCGAUUUUUCCAGCACUUGCAGAUCUUUCUUAAACGUGAGGGAAAAGUUUCUACUUUAAAGAUUGAAAAUCUCCACUUUGGGUUUUUGUCAUUGAGGAUCUGGAGUAGAGUCGUACUGUACGGAAACAGGCCCUUCGGCCCGACUAACACAUGCUAACAAAGGUGCCCCAUCUACUGCUAGUUUCAACUGCCUGCAUUUGCCUCUUAACCCUCUAAGCCGUUCCUAUCCAAAUGUCGUUAAGAGUGCCUGCCUCAACUAUUUAUUCUGGCAGUUUGUUUAAGAAGGAACUGCAGAUGCUGGAAAAUCGAAGGUACACAAAAAAGCUGGAGAAACUCAGCGGGUGCAGCAGCAUCUAUGGAGCGAAGGAAAUAGGCAACGUUGCCUAUUUCCUUCGCUCCAUAUUUUUUCUGGCAGUUCGUUCCAGAUAUCCACCACCGUGAAAACGUUGCCCCUCGCGAUCAUAUUACAUUAUUCCUCUGUCACCGUAAACCUAUGUCCUCUGGUUCUUGAGUCCUCUACUCUGUGCGAGAGGCUCUGUUUUUCUCUGCUGAUGUUUGGCAGCCUCCGGCAGAGGGUGUUCUGUGCCACAAAGGAUGAGUGAGCAGCUGCUGAUCUCUGAUUUAUCGUCCUGACCCUCUCCAUCAUUUUCUAAACCAAUGUAAGCACCCUCGAUUUAGUCAGGCUGAGAGAGAGAGAGAGAGAAAGUACUGACGCCUCACAACACGUGCACCGUGCUUACUGUAUCCACUGUGAAGUGAGCCACCAGCCACGGUCCCAGAGGUCUCAUUGUGUGACCUGCUGCACUGACUCGCCUGAAGCAUGAUACACAAGCACUUGUACAUCAUCCGUGACUGCGGCCCAGAGUUGCUGCCUUACAGCACCAGAGAUCCUGGUUCGAUCCAGACUACUAGUGCUGUCUAUAUGGAGUUUGUACAUUCUCCCUAUGACCUGCGUGGAUUUUCUCCAGGAUUUCAGGUUUCCUCCCGCACGCCAAACACAUACAGGUUUGUAGGAUAAUUGUAAAUUGUCCCCAGUGUGGGUGUGUGGAUAGUGUUAGUGUGUGGGGAAUCGCUGGUCGGGGCAGACUUGGUGAGCCGAAGGGCCUGUUCCUGCACCGUAUCUCAAAAUUAAACUAAAACUUAAAAAGUUGAAUAAUAUGGGUUUGUCCUGCACUGAUUGAACUACCAGCCAACUCUCAAACUGUAAUGUUCUUUCAUUUUCGUUAUUGAUUAAAUAGUUCAACUUA